CUUCGCGAAGGCAUUGAAACUGUGGUGGUAAAGAGACUGCAACGUGACCACCAAAGCAGGGAUGAGCUUAUUCUUCCUGUUUUGAUGGCAAACCAAGCGAUCGCAGACUUGCCUCCCAAGAAGUCCGAGAGCUAUAACAUCGUCGAGGAUAUCAUGAACACAUUCCGGCACGAUAGCAAGCCUUUGACUAUGCAUUUCGAUAUUUAUGAUUCGCUCAUGAACCACUUCGAGCGACGCGAGGCAGUCGUGGUCGAGAAGGCACAGCAGUUAAAGGAGGAAUACCUUUCACUACAUGAAAAGUGGAUCGCCCAUUGUGCGCGUUUGGACGGCAUGCAGAAGAAUGGAAUCAACGAUGAGCUCGUGGCACCGUCCGGGAGGUCAACACGCCGUUCUGCCGCCAUGCUAGGCGACACUGCACGAUCCGACCUUGAGAUGGAACAGAUCAUUGCUAGUCUCGGGAUUGAGGAGCUCACUGACCCUAGCCUCCUAGCGGUCAAGAACGUGGCCAGGAUUCCGGACAUGAUUUCAGUCUCUGAGGGCACCAUCGACUACCUUUAUGAUGACACGAACAAUAUUGUUCAGGAUCCCGCGGAAUUCUAUAGCUGCUCUUCAGGUAACGACAUUUGGACCGAUGAAGAGCGGGAGAUAUUCAAUGUGAAGUUUGCGGCGCAUCCGAAGCAAUUCGGCCUCAUU